GCGGCCGGCGGGCAGCGCGGCGGGGCCGGGAUGUGGCGGGGGCUGCGGGCGCUGCGGGGCCGCGGGCGGAGAUGUCAGCACCACUCGGCCAUCCAGGUGACCAACGAGCCGAUCCUCGAGUUUAAACCUGGGAGCCCCGAGCGAGCAGUGCUCCAAAAGGCCCUCGCUGACCUGAAGGGCAAGACUGAGGAGAUCCCGUGUGUGAUCGGGGGGGAGGAGGUUUGGACACCGACCGUGCGGUACCAGCUCUCGCCCUUUAACCAUACGCACAAGGUGGCCAAGUUCUGCUACGCUGGCAAGGAGCUCAUUAACAAAGCCAUUAAUGCUGCCUUGGCAGUGAGGAAGGAAUGGGACCUGAAACCUGUCCAGGACCGAGCCCAGAUCUUCCUGAAGGCAGCUGACAUGCUGAGUGGCCCCAGGCGAGCAGAAGUGCUGGCCAAAACUAUGAUUGGGCAGGGCAAGACCGUGAUCCAGGCGGAGAUCGAUGCCGCUGCGGAGCUCAUCGACUUCUUCCGCUUCAACGCCAAGUACGCGCUGGAGCUGGAGCAGAGCCAGCCCCUGAGCGUGGACGUGAGCACCAACAGCAUGGUGUACCGGGGGCUGGAGGGUUUCGUGGCUGCCGUGUCUCCCUUCAACUUCACGGCCAUCGGGGGCAACCUGGCAGGAGCUCCAGCACUGAUGGGAAACGUGGUGCUGUGGAAGCCCAGUGACACUGCCCUGCUCUCCAGCUACGCUGUGUACAAGAUCCUCCUGGAGGCCGGGCUGCCCCCCAACGUGGUGCAGUUUGUGCCGGCGGAUGGGCCCGAGUUUGGGGACACUGUCACCAGCUCCGAGCACUUCUGUGGGCUCAACUUCACUGGGAGUGUGCCGACUUUCAAGCGGCUCUGGAAGCAGGUGUCCCAAAACCUGGAUCGCUACCGCAAUUUCCCACGCCUGGCUGGAGAGUGCGGCGGGAAGAACUUCCACGUGGUGCACAGCUCGGCCGACGUGGGCAGUGUGGUGAACGGGACCCUGCGCUCGGCCUUCGAGUACGGCGGCCAGAAGUGCUCGGCCUGCUCCCGCCUCUACGCCCCCGACUCGCUGUGGCCCCAGAUCAAAGAGAAGCUGCUGGAGGAGCACGGGAAGAUCAAAGUGGGAGAUCCUGCCCAGGACUUUGGGACGUUCUUCUCUGCCGUGAUCGAUGACAAGUCCUUUGCGCGGAUCAAGAAGUGGCUGGAGCACGCUAAGAACUCCUCCAACCUCACCAUCCUGGCCGGGGGCGGCUGCGAUGACAGCGUGGGCUACUUUGUGGAGCCGUGCAUCGUGGAGAGCAAAGACCCCCAGGAUCCCAUCAUGAAAGAGGAGAUUUUCGGGCCGAUCCUGACGGUGUUCGUGUACCCCGAGCAGCGCUACCGGGAGGUGCUGGAGCUCAUCGAUACCACGACGCCUUACGGCCUCACGGGGGCGCUCUUCGCCCAGGAGAAGAGGAUCAUUGAGGAGUCCCGGAGCCUCCUGCGCAACGCCGCCGGAAACUUCUACAUCAAUGACAAGUCCACGGGCGCCGUGGUGGCCCAGCAGCCCUUCGGAGGCUCCCGAAUCUCAGGCACCAAUGACAAACCUGGGGGUCCCCACUACAUCCUGCGCUGGACGUCCCCCCAGGCCGUCAAGGAGACCCACGUGCCCCUGCGGGACUGGCGUUACUCCUACAUGCAGUGAUGCCCUGGGGCCCCUAGCCCUGCCCUGGCACUGCUGAGCCCCAACCACAGCUGCAGCCUCACAGAGCACUUAAAUUACUGAGCUCUAACCUGACCAGCUUAGGUUUUCUUUCUAAACAACAGAAAUGAUCUGUUAUUAGGUUGUGGACUCAAAAGGCCUUAUGGUUUCCUUAGUUGUGUGGGAUGUGGUUUCGUGGUGAACGUGGCAGUGUUGGGUUGAUGAUCUUAAAGGUCUUUUCCAACCUAAGUGACUGUAUGUGAGCGUGCUUAGUUAAUUAAUUAAGGGGUGGUUGCAGAGGCAAACCUGGACUCCAGUUCUCUUUUCCUGCCAUUUUUUCCGUCCCCAGCAGUCCAGCACAAUUCCUUCUCAGCUGGGCUGAGAGGGAAUUAGAGCACGAGACGAGCAUUAAGAGGUUGGCCCUUUCCCUGUCACUGGUACAAAGCAAUGUCCCUCACUUUGUCCCCAAGGCCUCCUUUACCCCCUCCAGCAGGAAUCCCUGGAUGUUGAGGUCUGCCUGUACCAGCCUUCCCAGGUGGUGUGGGAAGCCAGGCUUGUUUUAAACUCCAGAUCAGUGUGGUGGGAGCCCUGAGUCGUGUUUUCUCCCCAUUCCUCAGCAAGAGCAAAGCCUCCCAUCCCUCAAAAUAUUUGGGAAGCAGGAAGGGAGCAGGCAGGUUGUGCCAGGAGAGGGCAGCUGUGGUGCUGCUUGGAAAUAAGUUUAAGUGCCUUAUUCCAUCCCUCCAAAGCCCUCAGUGGGCACUGCCUGCACGAGACCUGUCAGGGUCUGAGCUCAGGGUGGGCUCAGACAUGGGGCAGAGGAGCAGCAACACUCUCCUUGGUCCCCUUGUUUUAUUACUGGCUGUCAAGGCCUGGGAACACUGUCUCCAGUAUCCCCAUAAGUUGUUGGUUGCUCCCACUGCUCUGAUCCUUGUGUGUGCACUGGAAGGAAAGAUCUUCAGAGAUGUUUCAAUCAUGGGAAUGUUCCUGCACAAGCUGCUCUGGUGGAUGUACUGUCCCCACCACCCCUAGGAGGAAUUUAAGUAGGAGCAGGAGAUGCUGGGACAGCAAUGAGAGGUCCAGGACCCCACUCCCAUCCCGAGGAGCUGCUCUCUGACACAGCCCCAUCUCUGAGGCUCUGCCAGCUGCUGAGUUCAGGAGUUAAAUCAGAAAUUUAAUUAGUUCUGACCUUUGUGGCCUCCAGUUGCUCCAUCAGCCAGGACUCAGCGGUGGGACCUGCAACAUAAACAGGAAAAGGGAUCUGAGACACGAGGCCUUGAGUCCUCCCAGGAUCAGUUCUAAUUUAUAGAUGUGUUUGUUUCUAACACCUACAAUUAAUAACUGCUCAAUUAGCAGGAUUUGCAGAUAAAGUGGAUAACCCUGUUAAGGCUGUUGUAAUAAGCACUAGGUAUUGAUCUCAGUAUUGAUAUCAGUCCGUGCCUGGGCUGGGGCUCAGGGUACAGGUCAGGGAGGAGUGGCAGUAAUUCCUGUGGAUCCUGGUUCAGCUAGAAAAAUGUGCAAUAAAAGAGAUUACAAGCCUC